AAACCGACCCUUAUAUAAACCACAGUUGAGCGAUGUAAACACAAAAUCAUAAAUAAGAUCCGGCUACACGCACAGGAAGCUAGGGGAUACUCAUGGCGACCGACUAGAAAGAAGCAAGUAUUUUCUUAUACAGACAACCGCUGAAUUUCAACCUUCUGCAUAAAGGAUCAGCCGAGUUUUAUAUACACGUGAUGGAUUCAGAGGAGAAUGAGGUGGAGAGCAGUAGUGAUGCUGGGCCAUCUGGGAUGGAGGAGCCAUCUGAGAGUGGCAUGGGCAUGGAGUCAUCAGAGGCCAUGUCUGCAGACAGCAGUGAUGCCGCUGCCUCCCACACACCUGCCCCAGAGUCUGACUGCCAUGUAGGGCAGAGCUCAGAGGGGCUUGAGGUAUUUAUACCAGAGACAAGCUCCAGCACAGAUGCCCGAGUAUCGUCAGUGCACCUUCCGGACUCCUCGUCGGUCGCCCAGUCCACCAGUGUGUCCAGUGUGUCCACAGUCACUCAGUCUGUGCUGGUAUCAGAGUCGGCCCAGGUCCUUGUCCACUCUAGCGCUGUCCCAGAUGGAGCCAUGAUGGUUUCAGAUUCAACUGCUUCUACCUCAUCAGACCUGGGCUCUGCCAUCGACAAGAUCAUAGAGUCCACCAUUGGCCCUGACAUUAUGAAUGGCUGUAUCGCUGUCACCAGUGCUGAAGAUGGUGAUGCAGAAACAACACAGUAUUUAAUUUUACAAGGACCAGAUGAUGGUGCUCCUAUGGCAACCCAGAUGUCAUCGUCUGCCUUAUCAGGUCGCAUAGCCAUAGAAGCUCUCAGUGAAGGCCCUACAUCCACAUGUUUGGACCAGAGAGACCUGCAGCGUAACCUGGAACCAGACGACCAGCCGGGACCUUCGAGCUACCCAGAGGACAGUAGCAGUCAACCGGACCAGCCGGGACACUCUCACCCCUCCCUGUACAUAGAAUGCAGCACAGAUGGCCCUGAUCAGACUGGAGAGUCCUCCUCUUCCUAUGUAGGGUGUUCAGGUCAGGAGCCGGACCAGACCCGCUCUCAGUCUAGUUUCCCUGACUACAGCGGAGAUAACAGUGACCAGGACUUACCUGGAUAUGUAGAAUGCAGUGGAGCUGACUCAAACCCCACCAGCCGUAGUCACUAUGUGGUGGAGUGCAGUAGGGGUUAUCAGGAGCAAACCCAUUUGCGCGGUUACAUUGACAGCAGUGCGGACCACAAAGCUCCUUCCAGUCGCCAGUAUGGAGCUGAAUAUGGAGUGGGGUGUGUGGACUCAGAGCAACCUGGCUGUUCUCGGUACCAGUCUCGAGAUGAAGAUGAUGAUGAUGAUGAUGAUGAUGAGCAAAUGGAUGGCCCUGACCAGCCCCAGCACUCCCAGCAGCCACCACAGCACUCCGGUUACACUGAGAACAGCAAUGACCCAGAGGCCUCUCUGUAUGCUGAGGAGAGCUCCUCUUCAGAUCAUCCUGUGGCGGACACGGCCAGCUCCCGUGGCCUUCCCGAGGCGCUUGAAUGCAGCGAGAGCCAAUCUGGACCUUACAUCAGCAGCAGCUGCACAUACACCCCUCAUACAGAGCCGGAGCCCACGCCUCAGUGCUCAUAUAGUCAAGAAGGACAUCAGGGCACCCAAGGACCACAGCAUGAGGCUGAGAUACCCCAGCAAACAGACACAUCCACAAUGGCACAGGGUUCAGGGUACCAGCCACUUAACCUGGAAGACAUGAUGGAAGUUGUGAUUGUACAACAGUUUAAAUGCAAAAUGUGUCCAUACAAAAGUACGUCCAGAAAUACACUCAUUAACCACAUGCGGGACAAGCACUUCAAUAAUGCAGGAGAUAUGCCAAAGAAACGUAAACGUGGGCGGCCCUCAAAGAGUGAAACAUUGGCCCGACGUCAGGCGGAGCUGGAGCGAGUGGAGCAGAUGAAGGCGAAGCAAGAGCAGGCGGCUCAGGCAGCAGAGGAGGAGGACGAUGACAUUGUGGAUGCUGGCGCCAUAGAUGAUUCUGAAGAGGAUAGUGACUAUAACCCAGUUGACGAAGACUGCAAAGGAAGACCACCUGCCCUGCUUAAAAGGCCUACACAACCAAAAUCCUCCACUGAGGGCCGUCCCAAACGCAAAGUGGGACGACCACGAAAGUACACUCCGCCAGAGGAAGGCUGUAAUAGCAAAGAAGCAGACAGUAUUGCUAAAGUGUCGAGCCAUAUGGACACUAGUGCCCCUGAAGAGGCUAGCUCCUCUGGUGUUGACAAUGGACCUGCUGAAGUGAUUACAGAAGAUUCAGCAGAAAUGGCCAUAAGCCAGUCAGACUCUGAGAACAAAGAUCCUUCCUCCAUCUCACAGGCUGGGGAGGAAUUCCUUCCAAAGAAACGAGGACGACCCUCAAAACAUUUUCUGCGAAAGAAAUACAAGAAGUAUAUUAAUCGCAAUCGGUACUACAAAUCCCUAAAGCCACUGCAAAGACCUCACAACUGUUGGAUUUGUGGUUCACGGUUCCUCACUCAAGAAGAUUUGAGAUUCCAUGUAGACUCCCAUGAAGGCAAUGAUCCUGAGCUGUUCAAAUGUCUCCAAUGCAACUACCAUUGCAAACGGUGGACAUCUCUAAAGGAACACAUGUUUAAUCAUGAAGGUACAAAGCCCUUCAAGUGUGACGAGUGUGAUUAUACAAGUGUCUACAAGAAGGAUGUGCUUCGUCAUGCAGCUGUCCACAGAAAAGUAAAAAAGAAACCAGAUAUGGGUUCAAAGACAUCAGAGUUCCCCUGCCCUAUCUGUCACAAGGUUUAUCCACUGCAAAAGAGGCUGACCCAGCACAUGAAGACACAUAGCUCUGAGAAGCCUCACAUGUGUGACAAGUGUGGGAAAUCUUUUAAGAAACGAUACACAUUUAAGAUGCACCUUCUGACUCACAUCCAAAGUCUUGGAGAGAACAAAUUCAAAUGUGAGUUUUGCGAAUACACCUGUGACAAUAAGAAGAUGCUUCUCAACCAUCAGUUGUCACACACCAAUGAUAGACCCUUCAAAUGUGACUACUGCAAAUAUGCCACAGCUAAAGAGGAGUUUCUGGUCUCUCAUAUGGCUAUCAAACACACAGGGGAGAAGCCUUUCUCCUGCAGCAUGUGCCACUUCAUGACCAAACACAGAAAGAACCUGCGUUUGCAUGUGCAGUGUCGGCACCCAGAGGCAUUUGAGGAGUGGUCCCAGGCUCACCCCGAGGAGCCCACCCAGAAACGACGCAAACCCUUCUUUACCCUGCAGCAAAUUGAGGAGCUCAAACAGCAGCACGAGAAUGUACAGGGUCUGCAAAACACUAUUGUUGCGGUGGAUCCAUCAACUCUACAAGCAAUACAAGGCAUGGAAAAUGCUGCUGUUACCCAGGAUGCUUUAGGAAACACUAUUAUCUAUGAGCAAGGUGAAUCUGGGGACCUUUCAGCUCAGAAUGCUCUUGACCUGCUGCUUAACAUGAGUAAUGCACGAGAACUGGUGGGAAACUCCUUACAGGUUGCUGUGUUAAAUCCUGAUGGUAAAGAAAAAGGUACAUGGACAGUUACUUCAGCUCCAGGUACAGCCUCUGGUUUAGCACCAAAGAUCGUCACUGUCCAUGUGUCUGAGAAUGGCGAGACUGUGCUACAGGAAGCCUAUGAAGAAACUUCCUCCCAGUCUGGAGAAAUCACUCAGAUUACGAUCGGGGACUAUGAAAGCGAAGACUACAAUGUGGUGGAGCAAUCAGCUGAGGACAUUCAGAGUUCUGGUGCUAAUGAGAAGACUCCAUCACAAGACAAUGCAAAAAAUGAAAAGUUCUACCUCACUGCAGCUCUGCCUGAAGGAGUUUUGCAACAAGUUGAGUUGAGCAGUGAUGCCCCAGUCUCCCCUUCAACUGUGAGCUCACCAGGUCUCAAUACCAAAAGGUUUUCCUGUCGCAUCUGCAUGGAGUCCUUCCAAGGGCGUUCUGACAUGGAGAACCACAAGAGGGCGCACAUAGACCCCAACACAUUUAAGUGUGCAGACUGUGACUUUACAUCGGCCUCUUGGUUGGACGUCAAGAGUCACAUGGAGCUGCAUUCUUAUUUACGUCCUCACAAAUGUCCCAGCUGCAGCUUUGCCUCCAAAAACAAGAAAGACCUACGGAGACAUAUAAUGACUCACACCAAUGAGAAACCAUUUUCUUGUAAUCAGUGUGGGCAAAGGUUCAAACGCAAUGGUCAUCUGAAAUUUCAUAUGGAGCGCCUCCACAGCCAGGACAAUCACACUCGCAAGAGCAACUCCAGUACACAGACAAUAAUAGUUAACAGUGAUGAGGAAGCUCUGGCCACUCUUCAAUCAUUGCAGACUCAGACAGUCAUUUCUCCGGAGCGGCUCCAGGCUUUGGGACAGGAUCACAUCAUUGUCUCCCAGGAACAGGCAGGAUCGGACCAGGAGGAAGGCCCAUACAUAACCAUUGAUGGGCAGGCAGUUCAGCAUCUAGUGACGGAUGACAACCAAGUGACUGAGGUUCAAUACAUCAUUGCACAAGAUGGAGUUUCGCACUUAAUUCCUCAGGAGUAUGUUGUGGUAGCUGAUGGGAACCAGAUCCAGCUGCCAGAUGGACACAUCAUUCAGUAUUCAGAACAGGACAGAGCUUUUGUGCAAGGGCAGAAGAUUGCGGUGAGUCACGGUGGUCAGAUCCAGUACCUUCCUGUCACGUCAGAGCAGCAGGUCGUCAGUGCAGAAGAACUGGAGGCAGCAGCUCAUUCGGCUGUCACAGCAGUGGCAGAUGCAGCUAUGGCCCAGGCACAGACCGUCUACACAGAGGCCACACCUGAACAACUGGAGCAGCUGCAGCGACAAGGCAUCCACUAUGAUGUCAUCACCUUCACCGACGAAUGAUCCACUUCUACAACAUACAACACUAGAGCUGCAGAGACCUCCUGUUACGUAUGCAUCUACAAACUGUGAACUAAAGGGCCUCCUCCACGCCUGCUGGGGGCGUUGCACUGGUUAAAAUACAAAUCGCCUUUUGUAAUGAAAAUGUUGCACCUGUUACUCUUAAUCAUGGGGCUGUUUAACUUGUUUUUAAUUAAUGAAGAGUUUAUGUGCCUCGGACGAUUUCAUUUGCAAGACAAUGUUUUGAAAGGAGAUGAAAUGUUUUAGAAAUGGGCUAUAUGCGAUUUUUAAGUUCUCAAAAGGAGUGUUUAUAUUUGAUUUAUAAGAAGAUUAUUUAUGUUAAUUGUGGAAAGAUAAUGUGUUGGCUAAUUAUAAUGUACAUAGAUUUUGCAUUUUCAUUUAUUCAAGGGGGGGAAAAUAUGUUUGAGUUAGUCCAUACUCAUAAGAACCGGAGAGAUGAUGCCAAAUAAAUCAUUUUAUGU